AUGUCCCGCCUGAUUUUCGGGCACAGACUACAAGCACUCACCAUCCUGCUUAUUUCUUCAGGGCUGCUGGUUGAUGCAGCCAAGCCAAGCCCACAGAUAACCACAAAAUGCGACACAUACUUCCACCCCACCCGCGAUGCUCGCUUAUACAUGUGCGUGAACGCCAAGGAUAAAUACAAAUGCGACCUCGAGUCCUGCGGCGAAAACUCUAAACCCUGGAGCGACUUCACCUUUGCAAACUGCUUGCACUAUGUUGGUAAUGACUACCGCAAAAACCCGAUCCCUGGCACCACCAAAGCAGUCGUCCAUCCGCUCCAAUACCACGUCAAUGCGGCAAGCUAUGUCGAUGCCCAAGACCGGGACGACCGGCAUUGGUACAGAUGCACGUUCAAAGACCCCGCAGACUUCAACGCCCGAAGGGCAGCCUGUACCGACUGCCGCAUAGCACGGUCGAAGGUUGGAGGUGGAGAUUAG